GAACAGUGCGAUGGCAAACAUCCUGUAUGUGCAAAUUGCGAAAAGAAAAACGCAGACUGCAGUUUCCUAUUGCUCGCCCCUUCAUCUCGGCUCUCUGUCGCUUCGGCAACAUCGCCCACUGCCAGAUCAUCCUCUACUCAACUUACGCCGACCCCCACGUCUACACCCACACCCACGCCGUCGCCAACUGAACGCAUUUUUCUCAGUACAGAACUAGCAAUCGUGCCAGGCGCAAAGCGUCAAACUGAAGAACGUUUAGAAGACAUGAACCUUGGCACCCUAAAAGGGAUAAACCCUCGCCCCCUACAGCCAAACUACUACUCGGAGUUCGAAACCUUGACCACGCCAAUAUAUUCCUAUCUGCGCUUCAACGAUGUGUGGAAGGAUACCCGAGAAUCACUACCUCUGCCACUUCAAGAUGUUUUGUAUCAUUACGAAUACACUACUAGUCUCACAUUAGCCGCAGACGACCCAGCGAAAGCAGCAUGGCAGGCUUGUGUUCCUGAACUCGCUCAUAACCAUGAUUUCUUGGUAAACUGCGUGCUCUCAGUCGCCUCACUUCAUAUGGCCCGGCUCCACGAAGAUAGAGCGGAGAAAACAAACAUGAACGCCAUGGCAGCCGCACGAAUGAACAAAGCGCUCACACGAUAUCGACACGAACUAGAGAAUGUCACUGCACAAAAUGCCGCCGCACUCUUCGCCAGCGCGACACUAACAGCCGUAUACCUUUUUCGAACCUCAGUCAUGGAUAUCGAAAAUCUCUGCGCUAGCAUCCCACCAAACACCAUCGUUCCUCCUGCAGACAUUGUAGACAAGAUGAUGUCUUGCGCCCUGCGCCCAAUAUGGGGUCUCCGAGGGCCUCUCACCGUCCUCAUGAGCGGCUGGAACUGGGUGGUAGGCGGAAAGAUGAACGCUGUGGCAGCGCGAAAAUGGUGGCCCAAGAAGUGCUUACCUGCGACACCGCGUGCGCAGCAAGAAGACGGCCGACUAAGCAGCAUAGAAGACCUCUGGGUACAGUCCAAUCGCGCAUACGAACCACCCUGCACACAUCUAUCUCAGGCACUACUCUUUUUACGCGAAGCGUAUUCGUUGGUUUCGCAGUUGACACUCCCGGAAGUGUAUCCGCCUAUGACUGCAGUGCCGUAUUCGGUGGACGAUACGACAGUGGGCUUGCUUACGGAUCGGGGCGCGAUAUUUGUCUGGGGGACGCGGAUAUCGCGCGAAUUUAUCGCGCUCAUUGAACAAAAAGACCGUGAUGCACUUGUCAUCCUAGCGCACUAUGCUGUUCUGCCCGGGCGAGUGCGCAACGUGUGGUGGUUGGAAGGACUUGGAGCACAUAUUGUAACUGCCAUAGCAAUGGCCCUCGGAAGGGAGAAUUGGACGUUGAUCGAGUGGCCAGCACAGGUUGUAGGUGUAGAUCUGGAGAACGCGUUUGGUGUAAGGAUAGAUAACUUGGAGGGGACGCCAGGAGAGAUGCAUAUGGAAGUUAUAUGAGCUGACAGACCUUAUGAAUCAGACAAAUAUCAAUCAUUCAUGCUCCUCUCUGGUCUGCAGUGAUGUUCGUUAUCAAUGACAUUGACAUGGCUCGGAGAGAAAGUAAUUUGGGCAAUGUCAACCGUCAAUUUGUCAUGUCAUUACGUGGGACGCGUCUGUUAGCUUAACCAAAGAUGUGUACAAAGUGAACACCAAAAUGCGGGAGAUCAGCAAAGUGAUGUGUGGUACCGUUCGUGCUCUUUGCAGCGAUUUGUUGGGGAUGAGAGGUC